GUCCCCACGCCCUCUUUUCCUCCUCCCAGCCCAGCCUCUGCCUACUGCCGUUUUAGUAAGGCGCUGGCUGCAGUCUGACAGGAACAGGACGGAGCCAAGAUGGCGGCGGCCGACGGCGACGAUUCGCUCUACCCCAUUGCGGUGCUCAUAGACGAGCUCCGCAACGAGGAUGUUCAGCUUCGCCUCAACAGCAUCAAGAAGCUGUCCACCAUCGCCUUGGCCCUCGGGGUCGAAAGGACCCGCAGUGAGCUUCUGCCCUUCCUUACAGACACCAUCUACGAUGAGGAUGAGGUCCUCCUGGCCCUGGCGGAGCAGCUGGGCACCUUCACCACUCUGGUCGGAGGCCCCGAGUACGUGCACUGCCUGCUGCCACCCCUGGAGUCGCUGGCCACGGUGGAGGAGACAGUGGUGCGGGACAAGGCGGUGGAGUCCCUGCGGGCCAUCUCGCACGAGCACUCGCCCUCCGACCUGGAGGCCCACUUCGUGCCGCUCGUGAAGCGGCUGGCGGGCGGCGACUGGUUCACCUCCCGCACGUCGGCCUGCGGCCUCUUCUCCGUCUGCUACCCCCGUGUGUCCAGUGCCGUCAAGGCGGAGCUUCGACAGUACUUCCGGAACCUGUGCUCAGAUGACACCCCCAUGGUGCGGCGGGCCGCAGCCUCCAAGCUGGGGGAGUUCGCCAAGGUGCUGGAGCUGGACAACGUCAAGAGCGAGAUCAUCCCCAUGUUCUCCAACCUGGCCUCUGACGAGCAGGACUCGGUGCGGCUGCUAGCGGUGGAGGCGUGUGUGAACAUCGCCCAGCUCCUGCCCCAGGAGGAUCUGGAGGCCCUGGUGAUGCCCACCCUGCGCCAGGCUGCCGAGGACAAGUCCUGGCGCGUCCGGUACAUGGUGGCCGACAAGUUCACAGAGCUCCAGAAAGCAGUGGGGCCUGAGAUCACCAAGACGGACCUGGUCCCUGCCUUCCAGAACCUGAUGAAAGACUGUGAGGCCGAGGUGAGGGCCGCAGCCUCCCACAAGGUCAAAGAAUUCUGUGAAAAUCUCUCAGCUGACUGUCGGGAGAAUGUGAUCAUGACGCAGAUCUUGCCCUGCAUCAAGGAGCUGGUGUCGGACGCCAACCAACACGUCAAGUCGGCCCUGGCCUCAGUCAUCAUGGGCCUCUCUCCCAUCCUGGGCAAAGACAACACCAUCGAGCACCUCCUGCCCCUCUUCCUGGCUCAGCUGAAGGAUGAGUGCCCGGAGGUGCGGCUGAACAUCAUCUCCAACCUGGACUGCGUGAACGAGGUGAUCGGCAUCCGGCAGCUGUCCCAGUCCCUGCUUCCCGCCAUUGUGGAGCUGGCUGAGGACGCCAAGUGGCGAGUGCGGCUGGCCAUCAUUGAGUACAUGCCUCUGCUGGCUGGACAGCUGGGGGUGGAGUUCUUUGACGAGAAACUCAACUCCUUGUGCAUGGCCUGGCUUGUCGAUCAUGUCUAUGCCAUCCGCGAGGCGGCCACCAGCAACCUGAAGAAACUGGUGGAGAAGUUUGGGAAGGAGUGGGCCCAUGCUACUAUCAUCCCCAAGGUCUUGGCCAUGUCUGGGGACCCCAACUACCUGCACCGCAUGACUACGCUCUUCUGCAUCAAUGUGCUGUCCGAGGUCUGUGGGCAGGACAUCACCACCAAGCACAUGCUGCCCACAGUGCUGCGUAUGGCUGGGGACCCCGUCGCCAAUGUCCGCUUCAACGUGGCCAAGUCCCUACAGAAGAUAGGGCCCAUCCUGGACAACAGCACACUGCAGAGCGAAGUCAAGCCCAUCCUAGAGAAGCUGACCCAGGACCAGGACGUGGACGUCAAGUACUUUGCCCAAGAGGCUCUGGCCGUUCUGUCUCUCGCCUGAUGCUGGAAGAGGAGCCAACGCCGGCCUCUGGGGUCCACCCUCCCCCCCCCCCCAGUCCCUCCCUCAGGGAGACAUUGGGGGGCCUUUGGCUGUCACUCCCUGUGCAUGGUCUGACCCCAGGCCCCUCCCCCAGCACGGGUCCUCC